CACCAGACUAAACCUAACCCAAGAAGAAAGUCCCAUCCAUGUAUAUAAAGCUAGCCCAUCACUUAUCCUCCCCACACCAACCCUCUUCGUUUCAUCCUUACUAAUCGCUGACAAUUGCUUCAAAAUCCUAUCUUUUGCCAGAUUAAGCCAUGUUUAGAUCGCUGACUACUCGAAGAGGCCAUGGAAUAGGGAGGUAUGAGAGGUUAGGCAAAGAAGGCAGUGCUAUUAGCCCUUUGAUUCCCCUGGAGCUGAAGAGAAGCACCAGUUUGCCUGUUGCUGCUUCGUCCAGAAAAGCUGCGACCUUUGGUGGUGGGCUCGCCAGUAAUUUACAGAGACAGCCUACGAAGAAGACGACGAAGGAGAAGAGUCACCCUCUGUUCAGCUUCAUGGAUUUUCGUCGCAAGAAGAAACCCACGUCGAGGCCAGAGUUCGUGAGGUAUCUUGAGUAUCUGAAAGAAGGAGGCAUGUGGGACUCGAAUUCCAACAAGCCCGUCAUCUAUUACAAGUGAAAUAAAGCUUAGUUGCUUCCAUUAUGGAUUUUUUUCCCCCCAGGCUCCUUCCUCCUGUGCAUUUGGAUUCUUGUAUCUGACCGAUCCAAGAUUUUGUUUAUAUAUUAUAUGCCAAUUGCAAAUUAAAGUAUAUACAUAUUUGUUCAUCA